AGUCCCUUCUGCGAGAAGAGCUGAGCAUCACAAGGUAACUGACUUCCAAGAUGAGACUCCCAUGUGAAACACUUGCUGGCUUUCUUCUGAUGUUCAGCUUUGCUACUGAAGGUACCAUCCCUAAGGAUACCAUCUGGGGUACCCUGGGUCACGACAUCUACUUGAACAUUUCGGAGUUCACAGGAAAUAAGGCUAUUGAGGAAAUACAGUGGGCCACAAAAGAAGGCAGCAUUAUUGCACGACUCCGGGAUAAUAAGCGGGAGUACUUCCAGUUGAAUGGAACUUAUGAGAUCUUUGAAAAUGGAACUCUGAAAAUCAAACGACUAAUGAGAAAUUUCAGCAAUACCUACAAGGUGACUGUCUACAAUACAGCUGGAGCACUUGAGUUGGAAAAAUAUUUUUAUUUGGAGGUUCUAGAGGUGGUCUCCAAACCAAAUCUCUUCUGGGACUGUAGCAAUACAACAUUGACCUGCGAGGUGGUGAGAGGAACUGACCCUCAGUUAAUGUUGUAUCUAAAUGGAAAAUAUGUCACGAAACAUGAGAAAAUCAUCACACACAAGUGGACCACUGAUUCGAGUAUUAUGACGUUCAAGUGCAAGGCAACGAACCACGUCAGCGAGAAAUACAUUGAGGCUGUUGUCAACUGUGCAGGAAAGGGGCUGGGCAUCUUCCUCAUCGUGGGCAUCUGCGUAGGAGGCCUCGUCUUGAUAGUCUUUGUGGUGCUGCUCAUUUGCUACAUCAGCAAGAGGAAAAAACGGAACAGCAGGAGAAGUGGUGAGGAGUUGGAAAUUAGAGCUCCGAGACCAGCAACCGAGGAGAGGGCCCGGAAACUCCCUCCACUUCCCACCUCCGCUCCUGCCAGUGCAGCGGCUUCACCACCUCCUCCACCUCCUGCUCACGGCUCGCAGGCACCUGGCCAUCGCCCCCUACCUCCUGUCCACCGGGUCCAGCAGCAGAAGCAGAAGAGGCCGCCUCCAUCAGGCACACAAGUUUACCAGCAGAGAGGCCCUCCCCUCCCCAGACCUCGAGUUCAACCGAAGCCUCCUCCUCAUGGGGCUGUCGAAAACUCUAAUUAGAAGAGCUGGACUCAUCCUUGGCAGAAAAAGGCUCCGCGGAUUUCUCCAACCCAGUGUGUGUGUCCAUACCAGCACCGAGUACUUUCCACACAUAGAUGCUCUUGCCUUCUGAGGCUUGCAGGCCACGAGCCUCAGUGUUGGCCCUUCCUAGCACUGCUGUGCGUUCUGACAUCUGGGGUUGUCGGUCUCCUGGGCAGACCCAGCUACACAAGGAAGGGACAGAUUGUGAGGGAGAGAACUGAGGAGUUGGGGGCACUCCUGGGUUCCCUGCAGCCUGAGUGCAAGGCAUGACAGGACAAGGGGCUGCUGGGCCUCCUGGGUGCCCUGACAGGGAACCUAUGAGCUUGAGAUCUUCUCUUGUGUGCCCUGGUGGACAUUUGCCCACUUUUCCACGAGCAGAAGUGAAAUAAAUGCAUUCAUCUCAUCCCAUUGUCUGCUCACUGUAGAAAGGAGCCCAGUGCCCUGGAGAGAAAGCUGCUGACUGUGGAGGUGGUCCCUUGGUGAUAGCAGUGGCAGAUCUGGUCAGCCUGGCUCACUUGAGCCCCCUGAAUCCCCAUCAGAAUGAUUACAGUAUGUGCCUCCCCCGCCCUGGCGCUCAGCUGCAAAACAGGGCUCAAAAACCUGUUUACAGGUUUGUGCAAUGAAUUGAAAGUGCUGCGUAGAAACCUCAAGAGGCCCCAGACAACGUCAUCAUCCUUUGGGCCUCACUUCCUUGACUGUUUAUAAUGAUCCGUAGAGUUGUCCCUGGAAAGGGGAGAAAGGGGAGGUGAAUAUUGGAGGCGCCAUAAGCCUGACAGAUGACACGUGGCAAGGACUGCUAAGAGACAACUGUGUUGACGCAGACCCUUGCAAGUUAUAAACGAGCAGGGCUGAAAACAGGUCAGAUCCCAUCUCUUGGGGGAAGUGGAGAAAACAGUUUUUCAUUGAAGUUCUGAAACUACGGCACAGUGUGCAGGCAUGUGCUUUGAAAUGCUGGCAUCAUGCUUGUGGCCCCAUCCACCUGCCUUCUCCAGGGCUUCUCAGACUCACUAAGCCUUGCUCAGCUCUGGCAGGAAGCUCUGGGGGCGAAACCACAAAGGACUCAGUAUAUUCAGGACUUCCUGUGAAAGCCUGCUAAGGGCUGCACUGGUUUUUUCCUUUGAAUCUGAGAGUUUGUUGUGUUAGUAUCCAGAGUCAGUCUGUAAGGAUGGUGAUGAAGGAUAUUCAGUCUCAUGUCAGCUGGUUGGAGUCACCCCUUGGGGACAAGGAGGGCUCCUAAACACUGCCCCCUGUCUCACUCUUCACUGCAUUCCUGAGUGACUUCACUGGCCACUAGGCCAGAACAGCCCCCAUCCCAUUCCCUUUGGGAAGCCUUUCCAAGCCUUCUCAGGCCCCACUCCGUUCUCUUACUCUGAAGUCCCACAGGACAGGAUGCCUACCAUUUGUAACCAUUCAGUCUUUCAUCAUUCAUUCAACAGGUGUUGCACUUCUGCUCCACAGAAGCCAGGUACCAGAGACAUCGCUCCUUACUGGGCACUCAUAACCUAGUUGGGCAGGGGCAGUCCAAUUACAAAGGAAGAGAACCAAUGCCAUCAAUCAGGUCCCACUGGUUCCCACUUCUAAAGAGUAUGCCAAUUGCAACAGUCGAUGUUUAGGCAUAACCCCAUUUCUCAGGUGUUCAAAUGUAAAAGCAAAUGUAUGCGGCAGACUUGAUGAAAUGCACAGUUCAUCAGCUUAUUGAGGACGAUGACAUUUUCUCAAUGUUACCCAUGGCGCUUCACUGCAGAUAUCGGCAGCCAAUCGAGCAUCUGUGAGUGCAGUCCGGGGAAAAGGAAGGGCAGGAAACACACAGAGCCCGUUUGUGCAUAAGACACAGUGCCAACCUUGCUGACAGGACAUGUCCUCCCAUGGUGCGGCAGGAGACGGGCUGCUGUCAUCCUCCAUCAGGCACUGGGUGACCUCCCGCUGACCCUGUCUGAGUGGACAGGCCAGCUGCAAGACAAGAACUUGUAGAGCCUAUUUAAAAAACAAGCAAAUGCGUGGAUGACUCAGUGGUUUGGGUCGGGGCCUGAGCAGCUGUGUUUUCAGUGAUUAGGCUAGGUGAUUCCAAUGGGCGUCUGAAUUGUAGAGCUGUGGGUCUAUGGGUUCAAAAAUUAUUAAUCAUCCAUGAUUUGCCAGAAUGGGAGACUUUGUAGAUCCUGCAACAUUAUAAGAAAAUAAAACAGUCAUUAGCCAAUUAA